AUGCUCGCGAAGACCUCCGAGGGUGUCAGCGAGCUUUCUCGAGCAGCACGGCUUGCGGAGCUCAGAGAGCGAGACAGACGGACUGCUGACAUCUUGGAGUGGCUGGCUCCUGUUUCCUGGCUGCACAAGCACCGAGACCUGCAAGUCAAGUUGGCGCAAGGUACGGGAAAAAGCUUCCUCCAACAUCCUGACUUCACGAGCUGGCAUGAGCACACCUCGAGCCAUGAUCUUCUUUGCAUCGGUGGGCCCGGAGUGGGCAAGUCUAUGCUCUGCGCCCUUGUUGUUGAUCAACUUCGUGCAAAGUUCAAAACAAAGGAUGUCAUCGUUGCCUACUACUAUUAUGAUUAUGCGGAACAACUAUCACAGAAUCCUCCACAUUUGGCCAGGUCAUUACUACGGCAGCUAUGCUCAGCGAGGGAAACUGUCGCGCCUUCUGUGGCUGAGUUCUACCAGCGCACCCGUAAUGAUGUGAAAGACCAGACGUGGUUUCACGAUUUGCUAGCUGUGCUGGGUCAAGUCGUUGCAACCUAUACCCAAUGCUUCAUCGUCAUUGACGCUUUUGACGAGGCAGAUGCUCAGAGUCAACAACGUGGGCUUUUCGAGGUGAUGGAUGCAAUGAGAAGCUUUACAAGAAACGCGGUAAAGUUCUUGGUUACUGCAAGGCCUCAUGUCCUCAACACCACGUCCAGAUUCCACAAUCCUGUAACGAUCGACAUCAUGGCCGAAGCCCAGGACAUCCGUCUUUUUCUCACGAAAGCAAUCAACGACCAUCGAGACUCUGAGUUCUCCUUGGAUGACAGCCUUAGAGGACAAGUUUUGGACACAUUGUGCAACAGUGCAAACGGCAUGUUCCUGCUUCCAGCACUUCACAUUCAGACAAUCCUCGACCAGAUUACCAAAGCCGAUGUGAAACGGACGUUGAGACACCUGUCCAAUAACUUAACUGGAGCGUUCCAGUCAACGAUCGAAAGGAUAUCCAGCCUGGCCCAAACCAGGCGAGAUCUGGCAUAUAAAACAUUGAUGUGGACCUCCCAUGCUACAAGGCCUCUUUCGGUCUCCGAGUUGCAACAUGCCAUGGCCGUGCGCCUCGGCGACAACGAUCUGGACAUUGAUAACAUUCCGCCCGAGCAGGCUCUCGUGGCUUGUUGCUGCGGCUUGGUUGUAGUGGAUCCCGAAAGUUCCAUUAUACGUCUAGUGCAUCGCUCUCUCGAAGAAUAUCUACGCGACCACGAUCACGGCUUGUUCGGUGAAGUCAACCUGUUGAUGACGAGGACAUGCCUCCAUUACAUUUCCCUCGACCCAAUCAAGUCCUUGACCACCAAAAAUCGCAAUGAUUUUGCGGCAGCCAUUGAGAACCUUCCGUUCCUGGCAUAUGCUGCGCUCGGAUGGGGUCAUCAUGCUUACAGUGUCCGUGCUAGCGAUAUCAAUCACCAAAGUCCGGACUUUCGAAAAUGGAAGGAAAGGGCAUGGGAUUGGGCGAGCUCGUGCGGUGCUGGAAUAUCGCUGGCAUCGGCCUUUGGUUUGACGCAGCUUGUGCAGCUCCUUAUUCACAAGAACAAACACCAUCUUCGCUUAGAUGCCCGCAACUUGUAUGGAAGCACCCCAUUGCACGAAGCAGCCUUUAACGGUCACGAAGGUGUUGCGGAAUUGCUGCUCGAACACGGCGCAAAUCUUCUCGACACCAAUUACGGUUCUGCUACCCCAAUCUACUUGGCCGUGACUCAAGGGAGAUUGCCCAUGGUCAGAACUCUUCUCAAAUAUGGCCGGGAACAACUUGACGUCCCUGGUCCCAGAGGCUUUACGGCUUUGCACAAAGCCGCAGAACAGGGCAUCGAAGAAUUGGUCGUUACCAUUCUCGAAGCAGGUGCUCUAGUGGCUGCGCACGACGAUCAUGACAUGACAGCUCUCCAUCUCGCCGCUCGUCGUGGCCAUCUUUCUGUUGCUCGCCUGUUCGUUUCGCAUGGCGCCGUUGUCCAUGUCGAAGACAGAGAGGGUCUUUGUCCUCUCGAUUACGCAGCUACUGGUGGGUACGUCGAGCUCGUUGACUACCUGCUUGACAAUGGUGGCAGUCUAACGCACAAAGGCCGCGAGCGCUGGACUCCGCUUCAUCGAGCAGCACGGGGUGGUCACACGCAGACUGUCACUUUCCUUCUA